GCCACUUCCUUCUAUUGCUAUCUUCCGUUUCCGGUGGGCUUGUGGCCAUGGUAACCAACAGGCACAACCAGCCUGGCGGUUAUGGCCGGGCUGAGCGGCGCGCAGAUCCCCGAUGGAGAGUUCACUGCCGUCGUGUACCGGCUCAUCCGAGAUUCGCGCUACGCUGAGGCGGUGCAGCUGCUGGGCGAUGAGCUCCAGCGGAGCCCGAGGAGCCGCGCCGGCCUGUCGCUGCUGGGCUACUGCUACUACCGCCUGCAGGAGUUCACGCUGGCGGCCGAGUGCUAUGAGCAGCUGGGCCAGCUGCACCCGGAACUGGAGCAGUACCGCCUGUAUCAGGCGCAGGCCCUGUACAAGGCCUGCCUUUAUCCAGAGGCCACCCGGGUCGCCUUCCUCCUGCUGGACAACCCCGCCUACCACAACCGGGUCCUCCGUCUGCAAGCCGCGAUCAAGUACAGCGAGGGCGACCUGCCCGGGGCUAAGAGCCUGGUGGAGCAGCUACUGGGCGGGGAAGGGGGAGAGGACAGUGGGGGUGAGAACGAGCCCGAUGGUCAAGUCAACCUGGGCUGUUUGCUCUACAAGGAGGGGCAGUAUGAGGCCGCGUGUUCCAAGUUCUUUGCGGCCCUCCAGGCUUCGGGCUACCGGCCUGACCUUUCCUACAACCUGGCUUUGGCCUAUUACAGUAGCCGGCACUAUGCCCCGGCGCUGAAGCACAUCGGCGACAUUAUUGAACGUGGCAUCCGCCAGCACCCAGAGCUAGGUGUGGGCAUGACCACUGAGGGCAUUGAUGUUCGAAGUGUUGGCAACACCUUAGUCCUUCACCAGACUGCCCUGGUGGAAGCCUUCAACCUCAAGGCAGCCAUAGAAUACCAACUGAGAAACUAUGACGUAGCCCAGGAAACCCUCACUGACAUGCCACCUAGGGCAGAAGAAGAGUUGGACCCCGUGACCCUGCACAACCAGGCGCUAAUGAACAUGGAUGCCAGGCCUACAGAAGGGUUUGAAAAGCUACAGUUUUUGCUCCAGCAGAACCCCUUUCCCCCGGAGACCUUUGGCAACCUGCUGCUGCUCUACUGUAAGUAUGAGUAUUUUGACCUGGCAGCAGAUGUCCUGGCCGAGAAUGCCCAUUUCACUUACAAGUUCCUCACACCCUAUCUCUAUGACUUCUUGGAUGCCAUGAUCACUUGCCAGACAGCCCCUGAAGAGGCUUUCAUUAAGCUUGAUGGGCUAGCAGGGAUGCUGACUGAACAGCUCCGGAGAGUCACUAAACAAGUACAGGAAGCAAGACACAACAGAGAUGAUGAAGCUGUCAAAAAGGCAGUGAAUGAGUAUGACGACACUCUGGAGAAGUAUAUUCCUGUGUUGAUGGCCCAGGCCAAAAUCUACUGGAACCUCGAGAAUUAUCCAAUGGUGGAAAAGAUCUUCCGCAAAUCUGUGGAGUUCUGUAAUGACCAUGACGUGUGGAAGCUGAACGUGGCUCAUGUGCUGUUCAUGCAGGAAAAUAAAUACAAAGAAGCUAUAGGGUUCUAUGAACCCAUAGUCAAGAAGCAUUACGACAACAUCCUGAAUGUCAGUGCUAUUGUGCUGGCUAACCUGUGUGUUUCAUAUAUUAUGACAAGUCAGAAUGAAGAAGCUGAGGAGUUGUUGAGGAAGAUUGAAAAGGAGGAAGAGCAGCUGUCCUAUGAUGACCCCGAUAAGAAAAUCUACCACCUCUGCAUUGUGAAUUUGGUGAUCGGCACGCUUUAUUGUGCCAAGGGAAAUUAUGACUUUGGGAUUUCUCGGGUUAUCAAAAGCCUGGAACCUUAUCAUAAGAAACUGGGCACGGACACCUGGUAUUAUGCCAAAAGAUGCUUCCUGUCUUUAUUAGAAAACAUGUCAAAACACAUGAUCAUGCUUCAUGACAGUGUUAUUCAAGAAUGUCUCCAGUUUCUAGAACAAUGUGAAGUUUAUGGUAGGAACAUCCCUGCCAUUAUUGAACCACCUCUGGAAGAAGAAAGAAUGCAUACUGGAAAGAAUACAGUCACAUAUGAAUCCAGACAGUUAAAAGCUUUGAUUUAUGAGAUUAUAGGAUGGAAUAUAUAG